AUAUUAAUAUAUUAUUUUUAGAGAAACCUAACUAUUUUGAUCCUGUUAUUAUUUAUUAGUGCUGUUACUUAUUACGAAGCCCACCUGAACUGGUGCAAUUGAGUGAUAUUACCUAUAUUUUACAUUUAUAUUAAUAUUUCCUCGUUAAAGAAUUUAUGACUGUUAUAUUUUUAUUAUUUAUUUAAUUAUUAAAUAUGUCUUUCGUGAAGUGUUGUUUUGAAGGCGGUGAAGGACACGAUUUUCUUGAUUCCUUUGUACAAAAAUGCACGGAUUCUGGAUGCUGCUGCGGAUGCUGCUCGGCGCUGCGGCCGCGGUACAAGCGUCUCGUGGACAACAUAUUCCCCGCCUCCCCCCAGGAUGGGCUGGUCAAGUCCAACAUGGAGAAGCUCACGUUUUACUCGCUGUCGAGUCCUGAAAAGCUGGACAGGAUCGGCGAGUACCUCUUCCAGAAGGCGUCCAGGGACAUAUAUAGGAGAAGACAUGGUUUCGUGAUAAUAGCCAUGGAGGCAAUGGACCAGCUGCUGGUGGCGUGCCACUCGCAGACCCUCAACCUGUUCGUGGAGAGCUUCCUCAAGAUGGUGCAGAAACUGCUCGAGAGCACGGACCCGCAGCUUCAGAUCUUGGCGACGCAGAGUUUUGUCCGUUUCGCGAACAUAGAAGAGGACACGCCGUCCUACCACCGGCGGUACGAUUUCUUCGUGUCCAAGUUCAGCUCGAUGUGCCACAGCAACGUGGGCGACGCGACCACCAGGAACAAGAUACGGCUCGCCGGCAUACAGGGGCUGCAGGGUGUGAUAAGGAAGACAGUGUCCGACGACCUGGUGGAGAACAUCUGGGAGGCGCAGCACAUGGACAAGAUCGUGCCGUCACUACUCUACAAUAUGCAGAGUGCGGAGAAGUACGAGACGCUGUCGUGCAUGGAGACGGACACGCGCGAGGGCGCGGAGGAGGUGCCGGCGCGGCUGGCCGAGGCGUGCCUGCGCGAGCUGGUGGGCCGCGCCUCCUUCGGGCACAUCCGCAGCGUGCUGCGGCCCGUGCUCACUCAUUUCGACCGACACGAUCUGUGGAUUCCGAACGAUUUCGCCGUUCACGUGUUCAAGAUUAUCAUGUUCUCUAUUCAGGCGCAGUACUCGUACAGCGUGGUGGAGGCGCUGAUGCAGCACCUCGACGCGGCAGGAGGCGCCGAGCGCGCGCGCGGCUCCGUGCGCGCCGCCCGCGCCGCCGUGCUCACCAGCAUCGUACCCAUCGCCGCCGGCGACACCGUCGGUCCAUCUGUGCUGGAAAUUAUUAACAAUCUAUUGACAAACUUGCGGACAUCAGUCGCGAGGGACUCUGAGAAAGAAACCGAUGAGAAGCUGUACCAGGAAGCCCUUAUCAAUGCGCUGGGUGAGUUCGCGGACCAUCUGCCCGACUUCCAGAAGAUAGACAUCAUGAUGUUCAUCGUGAACAAGAUACCGAACACGCAGCGCGGCGGCAAGCCGACACGGGCCGAUACUAUGCUACAGAGCAUACUGCUCAAAUCGCUGCUCAAGGUGGGAGCGACGUACCGCACGGUGGAGCUGUCCAAAGCGUUCCCCGGCGCGUUCCUGGAGGCGCUGGUGCGCGCGGGCGCGGCGCCGGCGGGCGCGCGCGUGCUGCUGCAGCGCGUGCUGCACACGCUGCUGGACAGGAGGCACAACGCGCCGCGACUCGCGCAGCCCACCGUGGACUACGCGGAGCUGGGCCUGACCGUGGAGAAGUGCUCGCGGCAGGACGUGAUAUUCAUCAGCAAGCACGGAUACACCAUCUUCAGCUCUCUGUAUGAAGGUCUCCAGCUGGAGUCGAACACGCUGGAGAACAUCGAGGCGAUCUACACGACGGUCGCGCUGCUGUGCAUCGAGGUCUGCUGCGAGGAGACCGUCGCCGACAUACUGCAGCUCGUGCUCGCCAUCCAGCAGUCCGGUCUGUCGAACCCGGUGCUGUCGGUGUCUCAGCAGUGCCAGCUGCAAGCCAUCAGCAUCGCGCUGGCCUCCCUCGUGCCGCACGUCAUGACCCUGCCGAGACUCGCCGACUACCUCAACAAGAUUGUAGAAGCGCGUCGUGAGGAGUGUCCUCACUUGCUCCCUCCGUUGCAAGAGAGCUACGACCACCUGUCGCCUUCCAAGAUGCCUUCCAAGGUGCCCUACCUCAUGAUCGAUCAGAUGGCGGUGGGCGAGUGCAUGGUGGCGGCCGGCGUGGAGGCGGCGCGGGUGUCUGCGCCUGCGCACUACGCCGCGCCCGGCGCCGCCGCCGCGCUGCACCGACACAGCUGGGUCGAGGCCGGCGCGGCGGCGGGGCGCGAGAGCCUGGCGGACAUCGCGCCGGGCGGCGCCGAGCUCGACAGCGCCGGCAGCUCGCCCGCGCCCCGGCGGCAAGCACAAUACGACGAUCUGGACGAAGAGUACCGAAUGUUCAUAGAGAAAUACAACCACAACCACAGACCGUCGAUGCAGAACUUCGGAGCUUACCGCAGCGACAACGAGUUCUGGCACUGGGGCCACCAGGACAUGCACGCGACCGCCUCGCAGUGGCGAACACCGUACAGGAAGAAUGCGCACCCGCUGCAGUCGGAGAGCGUGAGCCUGGAGGCGCUGCGGCGAGCGGCGCUGGGCCCGAGCGAGGCGGAGCGGCGCGAGGCGGAGCGGCGCCGCGCCACGCUCAACAACACCUUCCGCACCGCGCCCUUCGACCAUCUGCUCGCUCUCACGCAGCCCGAGUACGAGAUCAAGGACAAGCUGGAGGAGAUCUUCAGCAGCCUGAACGAGGAGCCGCUGCUGCCCGCGUCCGGCGCCUGCUCGCCGAGCGGACACAAGUCCUACCAGCAGAGCGUGCCGCCCUACACCAAGUACUUCCCGGAACUGUUCCUGUACUAGUCCCGUGCCCGAGACUAACUUCGUAAAGUGUUAGUACUUGAAACCAUCUCUAUGACGUCACAAACGACGUAUCGCGUCACGCGCCUACUGACAUCACGUUUAUCUAUGACGUCACAAUAUGUAUCAAUCGAUAUUUAAUAUUGCGCAUUAUUAAUAGUAUUUCGCGUCGUCACAGUUCUAAAAUGGUGUAAGUCGUGUUUUGUUAUAUUUGUGAAAUGACGUUUUUGAGUUGUUUUAUUCUGGGUUAUAGUUUUAUCUGUUGGUAUUGAUAAACUAUGCAAGAGGCGUUACGAUGUAUAAGUUAUAUUUAUCAAAAAAUGAACACAUCGUUAGUGGGUCAAGGUAUAAAUUUACCUUAAAAAUUUCAAUUACUAUUGGAAAAAAUAUGUCUUCUAAUACACGAUAAUUUCUAUAGUUUACCUAAUUCGGUACAGAAGCCUUCAAUAAUUUGAUUCCAAUAAAUGUUAUCCACAUAUAAGUUUAUUGUGAAAUCAUUAACCGACUUCAAAAAAGGAAGAGGUUAUGAAUUCGACGUGUAUUUUUUUAGAACUGAGACGUUAAAACACAACACUGUGCUAAAAAUUAUAAUAAAAUAAACUAUCGCUUUUAAAAUAUAUUCGGCAAAUAUGCAUUUUCAUCCACAUCUUGACUCUAAAUAUGAACUGAGAGCUAAUCUUUUCACGUGGCUUCAAGAAAUAAAUUCUAGCUUAAAAAUAUAUGAUUUUUUUAAAGUUCAAUAAAAAAAAUGAUAUUUAUGUAUCAAUCGUAUUUGUCUCCGCUGUUUUUUUAAAUGCAUUAACUAGUCCCAAAAAUUUGUUCCUAGAACUAUAAAAUGGAUAUAGUAUUCAAGUCAUUGGUCUUACGAAAGUGAAUAAUUUCAAAUGGAUAUUACAAAGGUGGAGGCCAAUAAAAGUCGUUUUUUUUUUCAUAAUAUGGGUACGGGAAAAGUGACCUCAGCACACAAGAUGGUAAGUGGAGUAGGGUACAAGUGUCGACUGACAAUUUUGUUGAAUAAAAAUAAUUAUGAACCCCUAGUGAAUAAAAGGCUAACUUUAGGCCCCCACGUGACACCCCAAAUCUAUAAAAAAUUGUUAAUCCCAUUUUUGUAUCUUGUAAACAACGUUUGGAACAAAUUUUUCGCUCAGUGUAGUGUUUUGUAUUUGACAUGUUUAUCAGAUAGGAAUGUUUAAACUUGCCCGUGUAGACGUAUUAUCAAACUUGUAUGUUAUCUAUUUUAUACUCAAACAGCCAAAUUUACACACAUUUUUCAGUAUUAUAUAUAGGGUGACAUAAAUGGAACGCAAUUCGAAAUGUUAUACCAGAGUUAUGCAAAACAGCAUGUAUGUAUUGGUGUUAGAGGAAAUAAUAAAACAUACUUCAAUUUUUUCUAUAAAAAUCAAUCAUGUAAUCACGUUCUGGCUGUGUGACAUAACAUACCUUUGCCUUAUCUGUGUGGAAAAAUUUAUGAUCAAAUUUCAAAUAUGAGCUAUUUAUUAAUAGUUGAUAAAGUAUUAGUUACACAAAAACGUACUUUAAGGUAUGUACUAUUUAAGUUUCGAAUGAUAUUCCAUUUGCGAGUCGGGCAGUUUUAAAUAUUUCUAUCUAUGAUGUUAAUGAUAAUUAUAUAAUAUAAUAUAUAUAAUAUAAUAAUAAUAUAUAGAAUCUCGUAUAUUCAAUACUGUAGAUGUAUAUACAUUACCAGUUGUGACAUUUUUGAUGGUAUAAUUGAAUUGACGAAAAACAAUAAAUCCAAAAUAUGACCAUAUUUCAAUACAAAUUGACAUGUGUAGUUUUUUGAAAUUUCCAUUUUCAUUUUAAUAUCGAAAAUGUUAUUCGAAAUUGAACAGUCUGAACCCAUUAUUUUUCAGAUUAAAAAACGACAAUAACUUUCUGACAUCUUUUAUGACUGAGUCAUUAAUUUUUGAAAAGGUCUUUUAAGUCUUGUUCUUCGUUAGCACAAUUAUUCCAUUCAUCCUCGUUCAUUAUUUUUGACAUUUUAACGAUUGUCAUUGCCAAUCGAUUGUGGAGUACACGAGAUAUUAAUCUAGGUAUGCUUUUUGUGUUUAUAAAUAUUUAUAAUGAGCCAACUACUGCCUGAUUUAUUUUAGUCUGUACAUCCUAUGGUUUGGACAAUUCUCUGGAGUAUAGAUAAUUUUACACUAAUAUAAUGAUUAAUUGCCAAAUAAAUUCUUUGGUAAUUUCUGAUUUUUAUUUUAUAAAUUGGGAAAUGGUCUCAGUAGGAUGUGUUUGGUAGAUUAAUAUUGCCAAACUUAUUUUGUGAUGAACUAAAAACUAUAAUCGUGUAUAUUUGAGUAUCAGCAAUACGUUAUAUAUUUUGGUUAUGAAACCAAAAUAAAAUAUUGUCUUAUUUGUAAGUUAUGGUCGAAAUUCGAUCAUCCAAUUAAAUAUAUUUAUUAGACAGAUGAUAUCAAUUUUAUUAAUUUGCACUCCUGUAUAUGAGCUUUUAACAUGCCAAAUCUCACACUACUCACAAUAUUCUUAGAAACGAGUACAAACUAUUAUCAUUAAUAUAUGGAUAUAUUUUCAUUAGUAUCUAUCUGUUUUGGUUCAUUCAUCUCUAUGAAAUGUUUUGCAAUAUUAAGCUCAGACUAAAAUAUAUCUACUCUGUUUUAUAAUGUGUUUAUACUAAAUGCUUUUUUUGUGUAAUGAAUAGCUAUCUUUGUGAUAAUUAUAAUUUUUUAUUGGAACGAAAUAGAUUGAAAUGAAGAGUGGAAAUACAUUUGGUAAAUGAUUAUACUAAUGUUGUAAUUUUGGAUGAGAAAGGACGAUUUAUAAGUAAUAAAGGUAUGGAUAAUAAUUAUGUAUAUUAUGAUGAUAUUAUUAGAUAUAUUGGGACAGAGUCGUAUCACAGAAGUGAUUUCUGCAAUAUCUGGUACAUGAGUGUUAAAAGUAUUUUACCCGAGAACUAUUUGUCUCUGGGUGAAAAAAUCGUCGGUUUAAAGUAAGUCUAAUUCAAACAAAAGCUAAACAUAUAUUGCAUGUUGUACGUGAAUACAUCAAAAACUAUUACUUUAAUAAGUCAAAAAAUUAAAAAAGGUAUUACUACAGUCUGUCUUUAAGCUGACGAUAUUGAAAUUGUAUUAUAGUAUGUAUUUAUUCUAAAAGUGUGUUAAAGCCUCUGAGGCUAGAGAAUGUGACAACCAAAUAAAAGGGAUCAAUGAGAUACGAAAAUAAAUAAAAUAUUGUAGGGUUGGGAGCGUCAUCUGAAAUGUAACACUGCGUAACUUAAAGUAAUUGUGUUCUGAGAUUUUGAAAAAGCAUUUUUUUAAAAAUGUUUAAAACUUUCUUCUAUUAUUUAUCCGUUUAGUUCAGUGGCUGCAUAAUUAUGUGUCCUUUGGAUAGAGGUACCAAGUUUUUUUUUCAAAAACAUUAGAUUCUUUUAACGUAAUUUAUCUGAGGUUUGUUGCUGUUAGACAGACGGCCGGCUAUGAAACAAAACAAAAUUAUUUUUGCAACAUAUAAAAGAAAAUGUCGCGCUGACCUCACACUGCACUAGUGGGUUAGUUAGAUCCAAUAUUUGUUUGUCUACAUGACUGAGAGAGCUCAAAAAGCAUUUAUAAAAUGCGACGGCUAAUUGCAAUGUUUAAAAUGAAAAAGAAUAGCUAAUAGUACUUCCUAGUAACAACAUAUGAGCACUUAAAAAAUACGUAUUAAUGACAUUCUACUUUUAAGGUCUGUUAAAAAAAUGUACAUCUAUGAACCAAAAAUAAGUGUUGGUUUUUAUUAAUUUAUGGUUACGUAGUGUUGCAUCUCGGGCGACGAUUUAAAAUUAUGUGAAGGUAUGAUGUUACGUUUAGUAUUUUAUAUAUUCGGUAUUUUGAACUGUAUUCCAUUUGUUUUAAGGUUUAUGUCACAAUUGGAAAUGUGCUAACGUACGUACCGACGAUAUGAGUGUUAUUAGAUAUGGAGAGUUAAAGUUGAAGUUAUAGUUAAUGUGGAAAUACUUCGCUUUUUAUGUUACACUGUACUUUUAUUUCGCGGACAAAAAACGCGUUGUCGCUACGAUUACUUGGCAGAUAGUAGAACGGUUAUGUUGGUCUUACGGCCCGAUGUCGACACGGGAGUUUACCACGUAGUGUAGCACGUAACGCUGUUGGUCCUACGCCUGAUCUCUCUCCGGUCAUGUCGUCGUCUCACCGGACUAUGAGAGUAAAGAAACAGAGAGCGCAUGUUUAUUGUGCACACACUUGUGCACUGUAAUAUCUCCGUUCAGAUUGGCCGCCAUGCCCAAAAUUCGGCUACGAUGGAUUUAUUCAUUUAAAAAAAUAUACUGUAUGCACCAAUACCGUAGCUUGCCAUGGAGGGGUCCUAUAUCUAAAUUUGUUAGGGGCCCUUCAGGGCAGCGCGAACUUUCGGGCACCUGCUUAGUUUAAUGUAGGUAUGAGCCAAGGAGGCCUCAAAGCUCGGGGGCUCAGUAUCACUUAUACGGCUGAUAAAUAGCUAUGCCCCUGAUAUUCACUGUCUUAUACAUGAACUGACUGUUAACCUUUUCUGAACUUGAUUAAGGGGCCGUUCAAGUAUUACGUAACGCAAUUUUGGGGGGAUCUUGUAAAAUGUUACGAUGCGUCACAGGGGCGGGAGGGGGGUAUCAUGCAAAGCGUUAUGUAACAUUGUUUUUUUUAUUUUAAUACAAAGGUAUUUUAGCGACGUUCUGGUAUUUUGCGUAAAAUAAUUGUGAAUAUUACAAAAAAAAAUGUCACUAGAGUUACAUAACUUUUGGUGGGUGGCGGGGGUGCACAGGAAAACGGUACGGCGCGUUACAUGGAGGGGUCAAAAAUCUUCAAAAAUUGCAUUACGUAAUACUUGAACGGCCCCUAAGGUCCUGCGACAUAAAAAGCGAAGUGUACUCACGGUAAGGAAUGAGAGUGUUAAUUUGUUCAUAGCGUUUCAAUAUAUGUGUACUAGGUGUUCCGGUUGUCUGUACUUAACGUUACACUUUAUAGGUUGUGUAUUACAAAAUAUAUGCGGUUUGGAUCGA